CUAAUUUGUUUGCAACUUAAUAUAAACGGUCUCUGGUCAAGAGAUUCAAAACUUGCUGUUUUGUUAUAUGAGCAUAACGUAGACAUUGCUCUAAUACAGGAAGCAAGACUGAAAUCAAAAACUGUAAAAAUUGAAGGUUACACACCAUACUUAUGUAAAUGCAAAACUACAUGCAGGGGUACUAUAACCUUCAUAAGAAAUGGCUUAACUGUGGAAAGACUUGAUACAAAAUGUGUACCGCCUGCAACAGACGCGGUAGACAUUAAAUUAUGGAAAAAUGGUAAAUCUUUCCGUUUCGUUAACAUUUAUUCACCACCCAAAAUGACUUUUGAUUUGAACGAAUCCACAAAGCAUUUCAAGAGAACCAUCAUUGCAGGUGACCUAAACGCCCAGUCAAGACAGUGGGGAUACAAAUGUGAAAACACAACAGGCAGACGUGUUUCAAAACUGUGCGCCUCCACCAAUUUAAAACUACUACAAAGUUGCUAUUCCAAAGCGACCUUCACUCAUAACAGCAACAAAGUAAAAUCGAGGCCAGAUAUGACUAUGGUGAGUGAGGACAUACACAACUCAAUAGAAUGGGAUGUCAUAGAAGACAUUGGAAGUGACCACCUUCCAAUAUUAUUAAAGAUUACAUGUCAAAAUGCCAAUGUCCCGACUACACAUAAGCCUGUCGAAUGUUUCAAAUGGCAAUACAACAAAGCCGAUUGGAAAAAAUUCAAGCAAGUCAGUGAUAUCAUGACAAGUAAAUUACAAAAUUUUAUUGGUUCAAUAGACGAGCAAUAUGACCUAUGGGUUGAUGGUAUUAUCAAUGCGGCUAGUGUUAGCAUCCCCAAAUGCACUAACAAAACCGGUGGCAAAAAAAUUAAAUCAAAGUCGCUAACAAGUCUUGUAAAGAAGAGAAAUGAUGCAAAGAAAAAUAAAGACAAGUCACAGUUUCAAAAAAAAACGCUACAACCAGAUCACCAAGGAAAUUAAGUCACUGACACAGGAGUUAAAAUUAAAUACAUGGAGGCACAUGUGUGCAAACCUUGAUAUGAAACAAAACCCAACAAAGGUGUGGAUAACAUUAAAAGAUUUAAACGGAGAGUUAUCCACAGGAAACCCAAGUCCAUUGAUAGUUGACAACAAAAAACUAGUCAAUGAUAGUGAUAAAGCAGAAGCUCUCAAUAUACACUUUGCAAAUGUAAGCAAGAAACAGAAAUGGGACGAAUCCAGCAUAAACAUCAACAUUGAAAGAAAACAAAGAGAGCUUGAAAUGUCCCAGUGUGUGGAUGAAGAUAGCCUAAUGAAUAAUCCAUUCACCAUGAUAGAAUUGGACAGAGCUAUUGAAAAUAGCAACAAAAAUACAGCAUGUGGUGCGGACCGCAUCAGCACCAACAUGCUCAAAAAUUUAGGCAUCAAAUCAAAAACCGCAUUACUUAUCAUUUUAAACAGAACUUGGGCAGAUGGCACUAUCCCCAACAGUUGGCGACAUGCCAUUGUAACACCAAUAUUGAAAGAGGGCAAGAAGCCAGAAAACAUAAACAGCUUCAGGCCAAUUUCCAUUACAUCAUGUGUUAGUAAAUUGGCAGAAAGAAUUGUCAACUCACGCCUCUACUGGUACAUGGAGUCUAAUCACCUCAUCCACCCAGACCAAGGCGGUUUCAGAAAGAACAGAAAUGCCUUGGACCAAGUAAUACGGCUAACCCAAGAUGUCAUAGAUGGCUUCCAAGUCAGAUCAAGCACAUUGGCGGUUUUUCUUGAUCUUAAACAAGCAUAUGACAGGGUUUGGCGACUCGGUCUUCUUGUUAAAAUGCUAAGACUAGGUGUAAAUGGCAAACUUUACUUCUGGAUAAAGGACUUCCUAACCAAUAGAACCAUGUCCACCAAAAUUGGCAUCAUAAAUUCAAAAUCUAAAUCCAUAGAAGAAGGCCUCCCG